AUGGCAAGAAGACAAAGUAUGGGACUCCUGGGGAUCUGCAUUUGUGCAUUUGUGUGCAUCCGCCUCUCUGCUUCCAUUGAAGUAUGCACCAAUUCCUUUGUACCUGGAGCUAAAGGAGAUCAAGGUGUGGUUGGAGAUGAGGGAGAUGAAGGAAGAGUGGGGAAGAAUGGACCACCUGGACUUCCAGGAGCACCAGGAGAACCAGGGCUUAAUGGAGACAUUGGCCACACAGGAAAGAUGGGGCCUCCUGGAGACAAAGGUGAUAAAGGUGAUGCAGGCAUGGGCGGCCCCUCUGGUUUAAAAGGAAAACCAGGCACAACAUGUGACUGUGGCCGGUACAGGAAAGUGGUUGGACAACUGGAUAUAAAUGUCGGCAAACUGAGGAAUGCUGUCAAGUUCUUGAAAAACAUUAUCUUGGGCCUCAGAGAAACAGAGGAGAGGUAUUAUCUUCUUGUAAAAGAGCCUAAGAUGUUCAGAGAAGCGUCAAUGAACUGCAAGCUAAGAGGGGGUACCCUGGCCAUGCCGAAGACCACUGACACCAACCGUGUCAUGUCAGACUACAUCAGCCAGGCAGGUCUAACUAGAGUCUACAUAGGGGUGAAGGCUCAAAGCAUGGACACAGAUGGAACAAGCGGGUAUAUUUAUGCAGACUCCAGCCCUUUACAGGGGUUUGCAGCUUGGAGUCAAGAGGAGGCGCUAAAUUCUCCCUCCACAAACUCAAGCUGCGUGGAGCUGCUCAGCUCAGGAACAUGGGGUCAAGUAGACUGCGAGGCCACGAUGUUUUUUAUCUGUGAGUUCCCAAAGAGUGGAGGAGGAGCAAGAGGGUCAUCAUCUAUGGUAUCAUGA